AUGUUGUUUACUCUCCAGGCAUUCGAGACGUGGGUAGCGAGAAAUCUCGAUACAUGGAUCAAAAUACAUCAGAGCGAAUGGGAUACCUGUGGAGAACUGAGUAACUUAAUCCGGACAUACCACAAAGUUGCUGCGUCCCUUUAUCUCGGGAACCCGAUUGCUACAUCUAAUAUGAUAUUGACUGUUGUGGAGCUUUGGAUUGCCUGCGACAAGAGCGCGACCUGUAUCGAUAAAACCAUUCUUGAGUAUGAUGUCGGGAUACCAGAAGACGGCUUUCAAUGCUUGUUGCUACCUUCACAUUCACAAAUGCUGAGACUCAAAGAUGCUGAGAAUUAUGUCCGUUCCCGCGUGGAAGCUAGCUCAUGGCCUGCUUUGUUGACAUUUCAGAGCUUCGGCCAUCCGAAUAGCUUCUCAGCGAAGUAUUUUAGCCGGUCUCUGCCGCAUCAGGAGCUGCUUAAAUCAAUUGAAGCUCAGGCAAGAGAAGCGAGAGAAGCCAAGCGCGCUGAACUCCGACGCGUGCGAGGAGAAUACAAUGCACUUAUACAUAGCUCCAACGAGAUGAGUUGCGACAUGUUGGUGUACCAAGAUACCAAAGAUAAGACUACAAAGCGGCACGAUCCGAAAUGCCAGAAAUGUUCUUACCGCGAGAAGGCACAGCAGCUUCGAAUAUCAGCCCACGUAUGGCCGCUUACCAAAAUGCCGCUGGAGGCGCAAUCUGCUGUCUUUGAACUAAAAGCCCCUCAGUGGUAUGGCUUCUGGAGGGGACACGGCGCUAUAUUUGCUGCUUGA